GGACUUGAAGAAAGCAAAUAAAGAUAAAGGCGCUUAUCGUUACUUACUCCCUGGGGCAUGGAGACACGAUAAUGACGUUGGUAACAGUUGGGUGUUCACUGAUGUUAACUAUGUCCAGCUAUCAAGAUCGGCUGACUAUGAUGACACAAUGGAACUUACUGAUGAGGAAUUAAAACAACUGAAAUUCAGUUUGAUAUAUCCAAAUACAAAAUGGUGCGGUUCGGGCAAUAUAGCAGACAACUUCGACGACCUAGGUCCAGCAGUGGAGACCGACAAGUGCUGCCGCGCCCACGACAACUGUCCCGACGUCAUAGCGGCUGGCGAAACAAGACAUAACCUCACGAAUGAAGCUUUCUAUUCUAGAUUAAGCUGCGAUUGCGACGAAGAGUUCCGCCAGUGUCUUCACAAUGCUGGCACAAAAACAUCAAACCAAAUUGGCACCAUUUACUUCAACGCUUUGGGCCAACAGUGCUACAGACAAGAAUAUCCGAUCAAGGGCUGCAAGCGGAGAGGCGGGUGGCUCAAUAGAAAAUGCUUGGAAUAUGAAUUUGAUUCGACCGGUGAGAAGUCAUACCAAUGGUUCUACGUAUCAAAUUAUUAGUGUGUAAUACUUUUGUUACUUUUUGCGUGUAGGCUUGGAACUAUUAGAGGUGUAUAUGUGUACUAAUUGUGUAUUGCCUUCGUUUUUUGAAAGCAAUACACUGUUAGGUUAUUAACGGUAUCUUUAUUUUUAUUAAAAACGAAAGAAAAACAAUUGCCCGUUGCACAAUCCUUACCCAAAAUUUUUAAUUCUACAAAAUGUACUAUAGGACUAAAGAUAGUCGAAGCG